GAAAAUGAAGUCCAUUUACGAGACGAUGAAUAUGUUUAACAUCGACGUGACGUCCAAGUGUUUGGUGGCCGAGUGCUGGUGUCCCGACAUAUUCAUACCCAAAAUACAGGAGGCGCUCAUUCAGGCCCAGAGGACCUCCCAGACGGCCAUACCGUCGGUGUUGACCCGUAUAGACACUACACAGACGCCGCCGACGCUCAACAUUACUAAUAAAUUCACCCGCGGUUUCCAGGCUAUAGUGGACGCGUACGGUGUGUCCAACUACGGGGAGGUGAACCCUAUGCCCUACACUUGCGUUACCUUUCCGUUCAUAUUCUCGGUAAUGUUUGGCGACGCG